CAGCCCCCUAGAUAUCCGGGUUGGUUUGAUGGCUUGAAUUUAACUGGUUGACCUAGUAAUCCAAACUAUUAACACGCUGACAUCGAGCACAAGUAGGAGCGAAAGCUGAUUCUCAAAAACACACAAUAAUGGUUGUCUGCGAUUUACGUUGUGCGUUUUACCUUUUAUUUCUACUAUACGCUGUGGGUCGAGGGCAAGUUGCUGAAAACCCCAAUGGGCUGCUUUUGCCUUCAAUCUGCUCGACGCAAGCAUUUGAAGACCGAGAUAAAUGUGCAAGUGCAACAAGAACUUUGUCCACGGAGCUUCAAACUUUAUCACGGGCCUUGAAGACAUGGAAGAGAAGGAAUGAUUUGUUGUUUCAGAGCCUGGAAGCAAAGCUGACAGAACUCAAAGCCACUCUCGGUGCAGUAAUGGAUCAAGACUUGACCGCGCCUUCGACCACGCCUUCUACCACGCCCUCGACCACGCCCUCGACCACCACACCAUCUCCCCCAACACCACUAACAGACUGCACUGCGUACCUGUUGUCUGGUGCCCGCGAAAGUGGAGUGUACAAGCUGCUGCCCCCUGGCGCCGCUAAACCUUUCGAUGCUUUCUGCGAGAUGACCGAUAGCGGCGUUUACACCGUGAUGCAAAGACGAAUCAACGGCGAAGUGGACUUCUACAGAGACUGGGCAUCUUAUAGAAGAGGCUUCGGUGACCUGACCGGGGAGCAUUGGCUCGGACUCGAGGCUAUUCACUCCCUCACAUCUAACCCCCAGGGUCUCCGCUAUGAGUUGGUAGUGGACAUAUGGGACUGGAGAGGGAAUCAUGGCGUUCUUCGCGCUCCAAAUUUCACUGUAGGGGACAGCUCUACUAACUACAAAUUAGAUGUUCCCACCGACUAUUAUGCCUAUCCAAGAAAUCCCGGGCUUGGGGGUGGGGCGUCUGGGUUUCGAAUUCACCGGGGUCCUUUUAACACUUUCGACCAUGGCCCUUUUCAAAAUUGUGCAGUGAAGCUUCACUGCGGUUGGUGGUUUAUCAACGGUGGCUGCUUCUCUAACGCCAAUUUCAACGGUCGUUAUUAUAAUGGCGGUUACAACGCAUCGCGGCAGGAACCAAGGGACGGUCUGUUCUUUCCUAAUGUUAACCAGUCUCUGAAGAAAAUAACAAUGAAAUUACGAAGAAUGUCCAUUUCUGACCCAGAUUCACAGCGUUCGGCUUAAUGAAUAGUGAUACAUGUAUGAUUGACAUUAUUUGGAUUUUGGGGAAGAUAACUGAUUCUGUUUGUAAAUUAUGGAAUAGUAAUUAUAAAUGGGUUUCAUUUUCUUUUUGAAAUAAGAAGAAAAAAUCCUACGACAUGCAAUAAAAAUGUGUGCAUAAAAGUCA